AUGUCCGGAUAUCUAGAAGAAGAGCUCAAAACUGACCAGGAAUUAUUUUCUGGUAGUAAAACUAGGAAUAUAUCUCCAACUGUUCAUUCACAAGAGAUACUCGUGAAAAGAACCAACUCUGCAAGGUUCAGUCCUCCACUGUCCUCGUCGGGAUUUUCAAGAGAUUUUCACUGUCACUACGUAGGGUGUAACAAGAUAUACUCCAAACGUUCUCACCUUCAAGCUCACCUAAGACGGCAUUCUGGUGAAAAGCCCUUUACUUGUCAGUGGCCCAAUUGCGGUUGGCGGUUCUCGCGUUCUGAUGAACUUGCUCGCCACAAACGGUCUCAUUCCGGUAUUAAGCCUUACUGCUGUGAGAUAUGUGAGAAACGAUUCUCCAGGUCCGAUCAUCUGUCCAAACAUAUGAAGAUACACAAGCGGGAAAAACUUAUUACAUCUCGAGAAAAACGACACCUGAAGGAGAAAAUACAGGAAUAUUGUUAA